CUUUCUCAGGACACGAGAGAUGGUUGAGGAGCGGAGGCUAGAAAAAUGCACUGAAACCCAAAACAGCUUUAAUAUUUUACAGCCCUUUUGACAUUGACUCUGGUUUUAUUUUGGAGAUGAGGGAGUUUUUGUUUUGUAUUUGUUUUGUGUUUUUUUUGUAGUAUGUAUUAUAUGUUGCUUUUGUUUUGAACUCACAACACAAGCGGCGGCAGCUUCAGAGUAAGAUUUUAUUUUUUUGUGUGACCCACAUACCUGAUGAAGAUGUGGUCUAUGAAGGUCAUCAUCCUCCUCCUGUUCUGCUAUGCUUGUCUUUCAACUGGCAACAAGAGAGUGUAUUUUGUCUCCAGAAACUUUCACAACGAGCUCCGCUGGGACCCCAUGACACUGGCCUUCCCUGGACAAAAAGUCCUCUAUACCGUCCGGUACUGGAGUGAUGCUGAGGAGCAGCCGUUCCAGGUAAAAGAAGAGUGUCAGAACAUCACUGCUUUGUCCUGUGACCUGACUGCAGAGACCCCAUCGCUUCAUGAUGUUCACUACCGUGCUCAGGUGUACGCCAACGGUCGAGUGUACAACAGCACCAACAGGUUCAAACCUAUAGCAGAGACUAUUUUUGGUCCGCCCACGUUGUCAACCUACACAACAGUGUCAUCCUUGCAUGUUAAUGUCACCCUGCCGUUGGGGCCGAAUGGAGUUUCCGUUGCGGACAUCAUCACCAGAAGCAUAAAAGGGCCCUCCAAAGUUGCAUUAGUUUAUACCUUAAAAAUCACCUACCCAAAGUGGGCUGUGCUGGUCAACAAGUCCACAACUGGCCGGUUUGUCAUCAACUUGAAGAACAACCAAACCAAGUACUGCGGCAACGUGAUCUACAAGCCUCUUACUGAGCAUGGUCGCCCAGGGAGUGAGAGUGCUCCGUUCUGUGUCACACUGCCAGGUGACCCUCUGAAGUUCUUGCCAUGGCUUCUCGUGAGUGCUGCUCUUCUGACGGCCAUAAUUAUAACCUCAGUUGUGUGUAUGUGCAACUACAUAAAGGGUGGAAAGGAGGAGAGCUUGCCACCGCCAUUGGUAACCACUAUCAGCAGCCCACCCAGAGUACUGUAUCCAGAUAGGAAUAUCAUCAUUUCCAAACUGGAGUUCUACGUUCAAAGUGAACAAACUGUUUACGCGACGAUCCGGGCGAAGCCAAAUAUGCCCUCAGUUGGGACUGGAGGUUAUUCCCCUCAGGACAUCCCCUACCAAGCCAAACAAGGCAGCACUGGCUUCUCUGUGAGCACAGGUGGACACAGUCCGACCCCAAAUACUGAAGACACGAGCGCCCAGUCCUCCGAAAACUACAGUGUAGUGGCUGUCCACAUGCCUGCUGAACAGAAUGAAGGCUUUCAGCAGGCUAUCAAUGACAACAGACAAACCAGUAACCUGCCACUGUCCUCCAGUGGAGAAAGCUGGGAUAGAGUUGGAACAAAUCCAAAGAUGACCUUUCAAGGAGGACCACCAUCACCUGAUAUGGACUCUUGUGAGAGCAAUCCACUGCUGUUGCAGACGGUGCGGGACACCAACGGAGAACUCAUUUUGCCUUCACUCACUUUUAAGUUACCGGGCAGCACAGGUGACAAAGUAUCACCACAUAACUCAGAGAGAAAACCCCUUUUAUCUGACCUCACAGACUCAAAGGACGGGCCAUCAUUGGCAUCCUUGCAGAGCUUCGACGGCUCAGAGUUGACAGACUCAGGAUGUGACGACAGCACUGUAAACACACCAACCCUACCGUACUGCAACACCAAUUACUGCCCAUCUCAAAUAGUUACUUCAUAUUUCCAACAGGGAUUUCAGAACACACCAUCUAGUGAUGUCAUAUUUGAAUCAGGUUACAAACAAAACUGGAUGCCUGCAUCCAAAGACACUUGUAAAUACAGGACAAACUAUCUGUGUAACCGGACUGCUUAUGAAGAGGAGGAGGAAGGUGAGGAAGAAGAAGACAGAGGAGGAGAGGAGAGAUCAAAGCAGCUCCUUCUCGGAGGCUGGGGGUUACAGAUUCAAGAAUAAUUCUCCUCCCUCUCUAUAACCGUUAAGGCCUAAAACCUGCUUUUAUUUUCCAUUUGCCUUAAAGACAUUUCAUCGCAGUAACAAAAGAGGGAGGAGGAAGUUAAUGAGAGCACUGACAGGUACUUUGGUGACAAUGCAGACUUCAAUGGCUUUGCUGUUUGUUGUGCGGCAAAUGAUGCAGAGACAGAUGUUUAAACUCUCCUUAAAUAUGGUUCAAACCUCUGGACCCUUAUAUACAUUUCAUGUCAAAGAUGUGAUAUACUAUGCUCUGCUGUGAAUCUGGUAUUAUUUAUUUAUUAAUCCAUGAUUACGAAAAUAGGUAUGAAUAGUGUUGAAUUGUGAGUUUACAGUUUAUAUGAAGAACUCAGUGUAUAUACUUGUAAAGUCCUUGUUUACUUUGUCAAAUAACCACAUUUUUACAAACAGAAUUUGUAUUUGAAAGAUGUAGAACUGCUGAAAGCUGAACCCAAACCCACCUCUUUCAUAGGUGAUAUAAUCCAAUCUUCUAUUGUCAUGUCAGGGUUAAGAAGGCAAUGCAACCAUGAUAUCCUCCUGAGACCCAAAGUUUUGUUUGGUAAGCAUUUUUAAUUUCUCCUAGAUAUUUGGGAUCAGCAGGACCCAAUAAGUUAAAAAAAAACCUAAACACUGUCAAUGAUAAUUAAGUCCCACUGUCCUAAAACAAGACAACAAUUAAGUCCAAGUGUUCUC